GGCAACUAUAGUGAAAAUUUACUUCCUGAAACUGAAUUAGGAGAUGACGAUUUUUUGAUUUCAUGAUAGAGCCAAGUCAUGAGUGCAGAAGACCCAAACCCCGCCGCCACACCCACUCCCUGUGAAGACACCCAGGGAGAUGGACGAUGGAUGUCUAUGCACAACCGCUUUGUGUCUGACAGCAAAGACAAAGAGCCUGAUGUCCUGUUUGUUGGAGACUCUCUUGUUCAGCUCAUGCACCAGUUUGCGAUAUGGAGGCAGCUGUUCUCUCCUCUCCAUGCCCUCAAUUUUGGGGUGGGUGGCGAUGCAACACAACAUGUGCUGUGGAGACUGUGCAACGGUGAACUGGAUAACAUCAGCCCAAAGGUUGUAGUGCUGUGGGUAGGCACUAACAACCAUGGUCACACCGCUGAACAGGUCUGUGGAGGCAUCAUGGCUAUUGUCCAAGUCAUCAAGAACAAGAUCCCCAAUGCCAAGACGCUCAUACUUGGUAUACUGCCCAGAGGUAAACUGCCAAACCCUCUGCGGGAGAAGAAUGCCAAGGUGAACAAGCUGGUCGAGGAGGCUGUAUCGUCCCUCCCCCAUGCAUCUUUCCUCAACGUAGACCCAGGCUUCGUCCACUCCAAUGGUAGCAUCUCCCAUCAGGACAUGUACGAUUACCUUCACCUGACUACUAAGGGCUACCAGGUUGUGUGCGAACUCCUGCACGCCCAUCUGAAGUCCAUGCUAGAUAAACCUGCCGAGAACUGAGCGACCAGGGCACAAACUUACACUACCACAGUGGUCAUCAUCCCUGUUUCAGGAGAGCAUCACACUCAGUUCAUUAACACCUUGAAGGAUAGAUAGAAUCAAUUACUUGAGGCAAAGAGAUGCACAGUUUAUUUGUCCUCUCCAUGGCUGGGGUUGGUGACCACUGUUACAUAUAAUGGGACCAUUAAGCUUUUUUGUGUUCAUGAUACAGUCAGAAAUAUAAUGUGCUGUGCUAGAGAGAGAAGUCUUGCCUCAAUUCCCAGUAAGCACGUGUUCCACUAGCUUUUGGUUCCCGGUGUUUUUCCAUUGAAGGAUUACUUCAUUUUUCUGCCACAUGAUCCAAAUGAUAAAUAUGAUACCGGGAACUUCCUGUCUGUCAUCCAUGGGGGUCAGAGCCAGAUGGUGACAUGAAGGGAUGACACUGGAAAACACAGUAAAUAAAUCCAGUGCUUAUGAAUAAAAGCUUUGAAAAAGAUGCAGCAGCUUUUUACUCAAAUGAAGAUACGCUGUAGGUCAAAACAUUAGUUGCUGCACUUCAUUAAAAACUUUAUUUAGAGCUGUGCCGCAGAUCUCGCCCCUUUCAUGUUCUGCUCUCAUGAGACUGUAAGAGCCUAAUUUACCUCAGGAUACGGACAGAUAUCUGCUUUCUAGAAAGACAAACUCUUAUGCAACACAUGCUUUGUCCACCUGAGGCUACUGGAACAAGUACUAGUUGGGAAAGAGAUGAGACUUUGGGUCUUUAGGUGCCAGGAUAUGUCUGAUAAAAAAUAAAAAUAUACUAUAGCUGCCCUGACCAAGAAAUUGCUGUAAUUCAUCAUUUUGGUUUCUCAGUUUCACCAAGUUCCAUGGCUUGCAUUUAUUUUUGCGAUAGCUUUAUUUUCUUUGUUGUGGUGUCUGGUGUCUUUUGUAUUAUGUUCAUUUGAAUGACCAAAUGUUUUUGAUUGACCAUUACUGUUUACUUGCCUUUUAUUAUGUCAGAGGUCUCAUUAUUGUCCUUGUAACUUUUUGCUUCACCUAUUAUAACAGCGACACAUUUUGACAUGAGAGGCCGUGUUUUGUUGCAAACAUAGAUGUAUUUGAGUAGGUUGUGAAGUCGUAUAGAUAUAUCUAAAGUCACUCGUGCUUCAAGUUUAAUGUCAUCUGCAACAUAAUGGCCGAUCAGACCAUUUAAAAAGGCUUUACUUCACACUAAAAAUGCUUCUGAGCCUCUUGGAUAAAGAUUGUGCUGCAGGACUUGAAUUAUGCUUCAGGAUGGCUGAUUGUGUAAGCAGUGGAAGAAUGCAUUAAAGAUGAAAAAUGG